AUGCAGUUUGGAACCACCGUCCUUCCAAGCACUCAAGUGCCUCCAGCUUCGGUUACGCGGAGUGAUAUCGCAGCGGAAAUCCCGAGUCUUUUGCCGCUCUACGACGAGUUCCCGGACAUUGUAUACACCAAGGCCGAUCCCGUUUACGCGAUAAUAAGUCCUGCAUUCAAGGCAUCGACGACGACUAAACCACUGGCGGUUGUUCGGCCUCUAAAUGAAAGCCAUGUCCAAGCUGCUGUUAAAAUAGCCCGUGCAGCAGGAUUACCCCUGGGAAUUCGUUCUGGAGGGUUAGAAACGGCGGGACGAAACUUCAAUGGAGUUGACAAAGGCAUUAUACUGGACCUUCGCAGCCUGUGUUCUAUCACAGUGUCUGAUGACAAGGCAUCUGCAGCUAUUGGUGGUGGCACUAUAGCAGCUGAUCUGGCUGUUUCUCUGUCAAAGCAGGGCGUCUUUACACCUAUUGGAUGGCAUCCCAGGAUCGGCUAUGCAGGAUGGGCAAUGGGAGGAGGUUAUGGUCUUUACUCUUCGCAAUACGGUUUUGGUGCCGAUAAUAUCCUCGGCGCCCGUGUGGUCCUUGCUGACGGGUCUGUGGUUGAUGUCGAUGAUAAUAACCACUCAGAUCUACUCUGGGCACUUCGAGGAGCUGGAAAUGGCAUCUGGGGUGUUGUGAUACAACUCACAAUUAGACUCUACCCACCACCAAAUCUGUUGAUUGGCACUUUGAGAUUUCCCAAGAAAGAUUGGCCGGCAGCAUUGGACGAGUGGGCUAAUAACAUUGAGCCCAAUCUGCCCGAUGAGUUUGGAGGAGAACUUUACUUUCGGAAUCCCGUACUGGAUAGUCCUGAGAUGAUCAUCUUCUUCGCUUGGUGCGCAAAAGAAGGCGAAGAUUUACAAAAGGGCUGGGACUAUUUUGACAAGAUGAAGUCACUACCAGGUGCAGAGGUGCAACGCAUUGCAGAAUCUGACUUUGCCACCCAUCUUACAUCGGAACCGAGCGCACAGCCAGCAUCGUAUCAGGUCCGUGGAGUUAUUACAAAAGGCCUGACCAGCAACAUAGCUUCAGUCUUGAGCCGUCACUGGACCAAUCCCAAGAUAUACACCGGAAUCCCUUGUCACUAUGCACACGGAAAGGCCAUCAAACCAAACCCGGGCGCCUGCUUCCCCCUGCGAUAUCGUCACAGGCUGUUCCCUUUUAAUUCACGCCACUCGGAAUUGAUGGGGACAGAAGAGGGCGAGUCCCUUGUAGCGGAAUUGUCCGCUCGUAUAAUGGAUGGGAUGAAGGCUACGGGGGACGCAUAUGUGGGGGUUUCUUAUCAGAAUUUAAUUCCUCCUGUCGACACUGACUUGGAGGCCACGUUUGGCAAAGAGACUCUGGAAAGGCUCAAGACGGUGAAGAACAAGUACGACCCGGACAAUUUCUUUUCAAGAGGAUAUCCUGUUUUGGACGUUUAA